CCAGCAGCGGCGGACUGCAGGGCCCCGCAUUUGUCGCGAGAAGUCACGAAGUUUCCGGUGUUGUGUGUGUGUACCUGGAAACAUGGCGGCCAGCUUCCGCGGCCGUCCUAUCCGAAGUCUUCGGCUACGAGGUCGGAAUGACAGCGGGGAGGAGAACGUACCGCUGGAUCUGACCAGAGAACCAUCAGACAACUUCCGUGAAAUCCUACAAAAUGUGGCCAAGCCUCAUGGAGUCAGUAACAUGCGAAAACUGGGCCACCUGAACAACUUCAUAAAGCUGCUAUGCAGCAUCGGCCACCAUGAGGAGAAAUUUGGGUUUACGUACGAAGAAAUUAUCAUUUGCCUGCGGCUGGCUCUCCUGAACGAGGCGAAGGAGGUGCGCGCGGCUGGGCUGCGGGCUCUGCGAUACCUGAUCAGAGACACCAGUGUGCUGCAGAAGGUUCUCAGGCUGCAGGUGGACUACUUGAUAGCCAGGUGCAUCGACAUCCAGCAGAGCAACGAGGGCGAGAGGACCCAGGCUCUGAGGCUCGUCCGAAAGAUCAUCACGGUCAACGCCAUGCUCUUCCCCACCUCGGUCGCCAACUCCCUGAUCGCCGUGGGAACGGACGGACUGCAGGAGCGGGACCGCAUGGUCCGCGCCGCCAUCGCCAUCGUCUGCGAGCUGGCCCUGAAGAACCCGGAGGUGGUGGCCAAGCGAGGGGGCCUCAGCACUAUCCUCAAGAGCGUCAUCGACUGUCGGCUGAGCCGCAUCAACGAGGCGCUGAUCACCACCAUCCUCCACCUCCUCAACCACCCGCAGACACGCCAGUACGUGCGCGCGGACGUGGAACUCGAGCAAAUCCUGGCCCCAUUCACGGAUUUCCACUACCGGCACAACGCAGACACGUCAGAAGGGCAGCUCAAGGAGGAUCGGGAUUCCCGCUUCCUGUCCAGUCGGAUGGCCAUAGUAGCAGCGUUCCGUUCCUGGUCCGGGAUUAUCAACUUAUGCAAGGCCGGGAAUUCUGGAAUCCAGUCUUUGAUUGGCUUACUCAGUAUACCUAACAUGGAAGUUAGGAAAGGCUUGCUCGAGGUCUUAUACGAGAUAUUCCGGCUUCCUCUGCCUAUUGCAACCCAAGACUUCACAGAAGCUCUGCACAGUGUCGACCCCAGCAGGGGCCAGGACAGCUGGAGACUCUCCGAUGGCUUCGUGGCCGCUGAGGCCAAGGUCCUACUCCCUCACCGGGCUCGUUCCAGGCCUGACCUGAUGGACAACUAUCUUGCAUUGGUGCUGUCGGCUUUCAUCACUGGGGGCCUGUUGGAGGGUCUGGUUGAAGUGGUGACCAGCAGUGAGGACCAGCUUGCUGUCAGAGCCACCAUUCUCCUGGGAGAACUACUGCACAUGGCCAACACUAUCCUGCCUCAUUCCCACAGCCACCACCUGCAUUGUCUCCCCACCCUCAUCAACAUGGCAGCCUCCUUCGGCAUCGCCCCGGAGAAAAGACAUCGAGCGAGCGGGGCGGUCAACCAGCUGAAGCGCUUCCAUGAGAAGAAGAAGCAGGGACUGAAGCCCUGCAGCCUGUACCUGGACCACAUCAUCCGCAAGUCUUUGUCGGCGCACAGCCGCAGGGACACGCACACGCGGGCACACCGAGACAUCUACGCCAUCAAGGACACGGAAGAGGCUCUGAUGACGAACCUAAAAGACAGCCAAAUUCUCAACCACAAGCACAAUCUGGAGUGGAACUGGCUGCUCAUCGCCACCAUCCUCAAGUGGCCAAACGUUAACCUCAGGAACAACAAAGACGAGCAGAUGCACAAGUUCGUGCGGCGGCUCCUGUACUUCUACAAGCCCAGCAGCAAGCUGUACGCGGGGCUGGAGCUGGACCACUCCCGGGCCCGGCACCUCACCGUGGUGGGCUGCCAGUUCAUAGAGUUCCUCAUGGAGUCCGGCGAGGAGGGCCAGGGCUACCUGGAGGAGCUGGUGAAGGACAUGGUGGCCUGGCUGUCGCUGUCCUCGGGGCAGAAGCCCGAGAGGAGCCUGCAGAGCAACGGCCUCAUCACCACCCUCAGCCAACACUACUUCCUCUUCCUGGGGACGCUCUCGGCCAACCCGCACGGCGUCAAGCUGCUGGAGAAGUGCGGCCUGUUUCAGUGCCUGCUGAAUCUGUGUUCGUUAAAGAACCAGGACGCUGUCCUCAAGCUGACCGUCUCCACUCUGGACUACAGCCGCGACGGCCUGUCCAGAGUCAUCCUCUCCAAGAUCCUCACCGCAGCCACCGAUAUCGGCCGCCUGUACGCCACCAAGCACCUGCGCGUGCUGCUGCGCGCGGGCGUGGAGUUCUUCAGCAGCUGGGGCAUGGAGCUGCUGGUCACCCAGCUCCACGACCACAGCAAGGCCGUGUCCAUGGAGGCGCUGGACAUCCUCGACGAGGCCUGCGAGGACAAGGCCAACCUCCACGCUCUGAUCCAGCUCAAACCGGCUCUGUCCCACCUGGGGGACAAGGGCCUGCUGUUACUCCUCAGGUUCCUCUCCAUACCCAAGGGCUUCUCCUACCUCAACGAGAGGGGCUAUGUGAGCAAACAGCUGGACCGAUGGCAGAAGGAGUACAACCUGAAGUACGUGGACCUCAUCGAGGAGCAGCUCAACGAGGCGCUGACCACGUACCGCAAGCCGGUCGACGGAGACAACUACGUCAGGCGCAGCAACCAAAGGUUACAACGACCAAACGUCUAUCUCCCUGUGCACUUGUACGGUCAGCUGGUCCACGACAAGACAGGCUGCCACCUGCUGGAGGUCCAGAGUGUGGUUCCAGACCUCAGCUACACGGUCCGCUCCCCGAUGCUGGACACCUGGGAGGGCAUCAAACAUCUGAAGGCGGCUCUCUGGGCUUUGGCCAACAUCGGCUCCUCCAACUGGGGCUUGAAUCUCCUGCAGGAGGAGAACGUCAUUCCUGACAUCCUGGCCAUGGCGCAGCACUGCGAGGUGCUGUCCAUACGGGGGACGUGCGUGUACGUGCUGGGGGUGAUCUCCAAGACCCGGCAGGGCUGCGAGGUGCUGAAGCAGCACGGCUGGGACGCGGUGCGCCACAGCCGGCGAACCCAGUGGCCCGUGACGCCCGAGGAGGUGGACGCCAUGCUGACCUCGGAGCUGUCCUCUGUGCCCAGCACGCUCAGCCUGAACUCCGAGUCCACCAGCUCGCGCCACAACAGCGAGAGCGAGUCGCAGCCCAGCAUGUACAUCAUGGACGACGACAAGUGCGAGGUGCUGGAGCACCUGGACGAGUCCAGCUACCUGCGCUGCAAGCCGGCCAAGGAGCGCAGCCCCUUCACCAUCCUGGCCUCCACGCGCUUCGUGCGCAACCGCCUCAUCAACUCCCUGUCGCUGCCCAGCAAGAAGCUGCGCUCCACCAGCGACCCCAAGAUGCCGUCGGGCUCCCACACGCCCACGGAGCUCAAGAUGGGCAUGCGGCGGAACCGCACGGUCACGGAGCCCUCGGUGUUCAGCUCCAGCCAGAGCGACGUCUUCACGCCCAUGUUCAACGGCCGGGCCGUGCCCAAGAGCCCCACCGUCAGCCUGGAGACGUCCUUCGUGGGGACGCGGGGCGACUCGGAGGAGCAGCUCUCCGAGGGCAGGCUGACCCGGGGAGGCGGGUCGUCCGGGGGCCUGGUGCUGGGGGUCCUCGGGGCGGGGCACGCGGCCGGGGACCCCCCCGGCGGCGGCGGUGGCGGCGGCGGCGGCGGCCGGGAGCAGAGCAGCCGGGAGCGGCUGGCGGGCGGCGACGGCGGCGGCGGCGUCAGCGGGGGCGGUUCCACUGUAGGAGGAGGAGGAGUAGGAGGGGGGGGCGGCGGCGGGGGCGGGACUCAGUUCAAGAGCCGCAGCCAGAGCUUUAACACGGACACGACCACCAGCGGCAUCAGCUCCAUGAGCUCCAGCCCGUCCCGGGAGACGGUGGGGGGGCCCGAGCAGGCGGACCCCGAGCAGCCCGACUCGGCGGACUGCGUGAGCCUCAACACGGUGGUGUCGGCCAAGACGGACAAGACGCUGCUGACCCUGCUGUCGCCGCAGUCCCCCGAGUCGGACGACCACGACGACGGCCACGACGACGGCCACGACGAGCCCAAGGCCGGCGCCGUGGCGCUGGUGCCGCCGGGCUCGUCGCACACCCUCCCCCGCCGGGCGCACUCCUUCAAGUCGCCGUCGGUGGCCAACAUCAAGAGCCUGGCGGACUGCAGCUUCAUGUACACCAGCCCGCGCGACGCGCUGGGCUACGCCACGCUGAAGCGGCUGCAGCAGCAGCGCAUCCACCCGUCGAUGUCGCACAGCGAGGCGCUGGCGUCGCCCGCCAAGGACGUGCUGUUCACCGACACCAUCACCAUGAAGACGGGCAGCCUGGACUCCCGGCUCACGCCGCGCAGGUUCCUGAAGGCGCUGAGCUUCGCCUCCCUGGACAAGGAGGAGCUGCUGAGCCCCAUCAACCAGAGCACGCUGCAGCGCUGCUCCUCGGUGCGCUCCAUGGUGAGCAGCGUGACGUACGGCUGCAGCGACGACUACAUCGGCCUGGCCCUGCCCGUGUGCAUCAGCGACAUGUUCCACGUCCGCGACGCGCCCUACUUCCAGCAGAGGGCCAGCCCGCCCUCCGAGGAGAGGAAGUGCUUCCUGUUCGGCGACGGAGACGAGCGCCCCCCCAUCCCCGUGCUGCGGCAGCAGUUCAGCAUCUCGGAGCUGAUCGCCAGCCGCGGCGAGGGCCAGAGCCCGGCGGGCAGCGACGACUCGGGGCUGCAGGAGCACACGGAGGACAACUGCCUGUACUGCGUGGGCGCCGUGGUGAUGGGCUUCCCCGCGCAGCUGCUCAUCAACGGCACGCACUCGCGCACCGACUACGUGGAGUUUGCGUCGUGGAGCAGCCAGAGCGGGGGCCACCGGCUGGAGGCCAUGCCCCCGUCCUUCUCGGGGGGGUUGGGCUGCAGCGCUGCCGCCGUGUCCCAGGGCUCCGUGUGCAGCAGCACGCCCACGCCCGGGGACGUCGUCGUCGCUGGCAGGGCGCUGCUGGACGACGCCCCCGCCUGUCGCCCCCUGCUGAGGAAGGAGGUACUGCGGCUCAUCGUCAACCUGAGCUCCUCCGUCGGGACCAAGGGCCACGAGACGGGGCUGCUGACGAUCAAGGAGAAGUUCCCGUAUGCGUUCGACGACAUCUGCCUGUACUCGGAGGUGUCCCACCUGCUGGCCCACUGCAUGUUCCGCCUGGCCUCGCGCCGCUUCAUCCAGGAGCUCUUCCAGGACGUGCACUUCAUGCCCAUGUACGAGGAGGCGGACGCCAUCCUGACCAAGGCCCCCAAAGCCGUGGAGGAAGACGCAGACCCCGAGGCCCCGACCGACGACUCCUGAUCCGAACCCCCCUGCCCCCCUCUCCGCCCCCCUCCCCGCCCCGCACAGCUCCGCUCUGACCGCCCGGCCCCCUCUGCACACACACACAGGCGUACACACACACACACACACACACACACGUACAUACACGCACACACACACGCGUACAUACACGCACACACAUGCACAUGCAGACAUGUGCACACUAACAAGUACCCACACACACGUGCACAAACAGGCUGCGAGGAUGAGAGUGCAGGAGACGCUGAACAAGACAAUGGGGCGGGGGGGGGGGGGUUUGUUUUGCGAUGUGUGACGGUCGGCGCUACACAAACAACACCUGAGGGUCGGGGGCUGGUGAUGAACAACCACAACCACAACGACAACAACAGUAGUUGUACCCCCUCCCCCCGUAGCAGUGUCUCGGGCAGGAAGUGGGAGCCCGUCCAUCCAAGAUGGCGUUUUCCCGGGCGGUCGCGGUCUUCGCCGCCAUCGCGCGGCAGGCUAGCGCCCCCCCCCCCACCGUGUUUUAAAAAGAAACAAAACAAGCGCAGCACAAGCCACCGCCGACAGAAAGCGCCUGCGUUCUCUCUUCUUCCAGAGGCGGGGCUUUCUCUCGGUCCAGAGACGAAUAGGGCAUGUUGUCGUGUCUAUCAAGUGAUGACUUUUAUUUUAUUUGUUUGUUUUGUAUUUGUUUUAUUCCCCCCUCACCCACCCCCCCCCCCCCCCCCCCCAAAGCCCACCAUAUUGUUUCCUUUUUAAGAAGGAAAAAAAAAAAACACUACACAAUGUCUUGCUAUUUAACAUAUAAUAAUAAAAAAGAAAACCCUACUUUACAGCCCCUAAGGGCUCGUGUCCUCUCCCACAACGCUCUGUGUGCUGCCAGGCUGACAUCGCUUGCUUCUCUUCCUCCUCCUCUUCUUCUUCUUCUUCUUCCUCUUCUUCUUCUUCCUCGUCCUCCGUAGCCUCUCGUCAGCCCUGUCACGCUGAACACUUAUCUAUUUUGUAAAAUGUCAAGACAAUCAAACCCUAAAGAGUGUCGCUUUAAGUUUAGUUUACUACCCCGGAGAGUGACACAGCCGUACCCGGAGACACCGGUCCCUGCUAGUUUACAGCCCCCCCCCCCGCCCCUUCUCACCCACAGCGAGGCCCUCAAAAACCUGGCGAGAGCCUCGGCUUUUACCGACUCCACAGCCCGUCGCCCGGGCCCCCCCCCCCCCCUUGAGGCGGGGCGCUCUCUGCAACCCUCGCCCUUGCCUGCUGUUUCUUUUCUCGUUCGAUAGGUACUGCUUUAACUCUCGGCCUGGCCCUCACCCCUCCCUCACUAAGGCCCCUGUCCAUGGGGUGGGGCCCCGAGCUGUCCCAUGCCUUCCUACUGCCGUCUACCCCCCCCCCCCGCUGCAUGCACCCAGUAGCAUGGCACGGCUUGUGACCCACCUGACCCCCCAACCCUACCCCCCCCCCCCUCCUCCUCACUUGCUUUUAAAGACGUUUUUCACUUACGGUAAGGCUGCCUUUUAGAAGGCGCCGUUUAGAUUGCCGUAAGUCUAAUUUAUCUCUGACACGUUGGGUUUUAUUUCUUCCCACAAUGCAAUAUCACUGUCUGUGGUUGGCUGAGAUGGGCGGGGGGGGGGGGAUAUGCGAUGAUUAAUUCCAGGGAAAUUUAUCAGUUUCCGUUGGGCUUGUUUUUGUUAUGUUUUUUGCUAUUAUGCUGCUACACAAAAUGGGACUCAUAGAGAGAAGAUUCAUAGAUCAGUGGAGCGACGCCAGAACCGGUCUAUUUAUUGUAUGUCUGUACCAUAAAGUGAGUUCCACCAGAGAAGAAAAAAGUUAUUUAUAUUUUUUUUCCUCAAGACUGUAUUAUAAUUUAAAAGAUUUUUUUUGUUUUUGUCGCCUGAAAUCGUGGUUUCCCUUGUAUAAUGUGUACAGUAUGUUUUGGGGGCAUUGCUGACCUAAAGAAAACAUACAAUCCUAUCUAAGGGAUGCAUUGUUAAUAAAAAAAAAACAUUGAUACCCAAAA